AUGUUCUACUUAACAACUAACUUGAUUGGUGAGCCCAAAAACCUGAUAAAGCAUUUCCCAGCAUCAGCUGAGAACUACAUUACCGCAUGGGAGAUUCUGAAGGCUAGAUACAAUAAUGGUAGAUUAUUAGUUACCGCAUUGUUAAACAAAUUAUUCGCAUUACCAGCAAUGACAACUGAAACCGCUUCUGGCCUUAAAACAUUGCAUGAUAUUUCACAAGAGUGUUUAUUGGGACUUAAGGCGCAGCACAUUCCAGUCGAACAUUGGGACAUCAUAAUUGUUCAUAUGACGUUGAAGAAAUUAGACAAGAUCACACAAACAGCAUUUGAGCAGUCAUUAUCAAACAAUCGAGAGCUGAUCACUAUGAAGGAACUAUUUCAAUUUAUUGAACAAAGGUUCCAAUCGCUAGAAACAAUAAAUAAUAGCGCAUCAAUCAAAAAAUGGGUUAAGACAGUGGCUACAACUAACACUGCACCAGUUAAAUGUCCAAUAUGCAAGAGAGAUAAUCAUCCAAUUCAUCUAUGCAAGCAGUUCCUGGAUGACACCCCAGCUAAGAGGCUACAUCUCAUAAAAUCAUUGCAACGAUGUUUCAAUUGUCUAAAAAAUGGUCACUUCACAAAAGACUGCACAUCAGGCAGUUGCUUAAAAUGCAAGAAGAAACACAACACCUUGCUGCAUUUAGAAGGCACAUUUGAAGCAUCUAUGAUUAAGAAGGCAUCCAUAUCAAAAAAUCCUGCUUCUCUGUUCUCCAACAAUCUCAACAUCCAAAAAAAUUAUGUGGUAUUAGGAACUGCACGUGUUGUCGUUAAAGGCAACAAUGGAAGAGAAAUUGAGUGCAGAGCAUUAUUGGAUUCCGGCUCCCAAGUCAACCUGAUAACCGAUCAAAUAAUUAAGAAGUUAGGUGAAAACCCGAAAAAGACCUCAGCAUGUAUAGAAGGUGUGGGGCAAAAAAAACAAGAUGCGCAACAACGAAUCAAUUUAGCUUUCUCGUCCAGAAUUAACGGAUUUAGCAGCCGAAUAGAGGCUUAUGUAUUACCUAAGAUUGUGUGUGACCAGCCGAGCAUUCAUAUUGAAAGCUCAAGCUGGAAAAUACCACAGAACAUCAAUCUGGCAGAUCCGUCGUUCAAUACCCCAAACAAAAUCGAUCUCCUACUUGGAGCCGAGUUUUCUCAUCAACUAUUGUCCAUCGGCCAAAUAAACCUUGGCAGAGGUCUCCCCAUCCUACAGAAUACAUUGCUUGGGUGGCUUGUGGUGGGAAAAAUAUCUAACCAAAAUUCAAUUAUUUCACCACAAGUUUGUGGAAUAUGCUCUGAAGAUGAGCAAGAUACGAUGAAGGUUAUCGAGCGGUUCUGGCAACUAGAUGAACCAGAAAAGGCAAACAAAAAUCUAUCUCCUUCCGAAGAGUUGUGCGAGUCUCGCAUUAGCCCCAUGAUGUCCUUACCUCUGACCCAUGGCUCUUGCACAAUGCUGACAUCGACAUCCUCCUCUAUGAGAAAGAUGGCGAGAUUGUCCGAUGCGAUUUUCGAAUGCUGA